AAACGACCUCAGCUUUCUCGUCGGCUACUCCAUUGUUCCUAACCACCGCUUGAUCCAAUCCAUUACAGCUUACAAAAACUAUUCGGUUAAUCUCAUUUUCUCGGCUACCCAAUACAAUCGAUAAUGAUCUACUCGAAUUUUGUAAAUCCGAAUUCCGAGCUCUUUUCAUGUGUCUUCUAGUUCUCAAGAUUCUAGCCGGCGAGCCAACUAUGUUUUGACUUUACUCUUUUGGACUGUAACGCACGCUCAUAGGGUUUUAUACCGGUUGCUCUCUGAUGACUUUGAUCCAGAAGCUCGAAGAGAUGGAGUCUGUAGAGUCUAGAGACGAGGAGACGCCACUUGUUGCUGAUAAUUCGUCGAUUGAGUACCCGAAGAACCAUGCCCGAGAUAUUCAUAUUCUUUGUUGUGCGUUCUUGUUGAUCUUCCUUGCCUAUGGUGCUGCGCAGAAUCUACAGAGUACUGUCAAUAGCGACUUGGGUACUACAUCGCUUGGGAUACUGUACACCUCUUUCACAUUUUUCUCCUUGGUAGCAUCUAUGGUGGUACGGGUAUUGGGUUCCAAGAAAGCUCUGGUUCUUGGCACUACUGGUUAUUGGCUGUUUGUAGCUGCCAACUUGAAGCCAAAGUGGUAUACAAUGGUACCAGCUUCCUUGUACAUGGGUUUUGCCGCUUCGAUAAUAUGGGUUGGGCAGGGUACAUAUCUCACUUGCGCUGCACGUAGUCAUGCAAGAGAUUGCAAGCUACAUGAAGGAACAAUAAUUGGUUACUUCAAUGGAGAAUUUUGGGCAAUGUUUGCUAGCCAUCAGUUGGUAGGAAAUCUCAUUACCCUUGCUCUGCUGAAAGACGGAAAGGAUGGGAGUACCACUGGGACAACUUUACUGUUCAUUGUGUUUCUCUUCAGUAUGACUUUAGGCACCAUACUUAUGUGCUUCUUACGUGAACAAGAUGAUACAGGAGACGAGGGACCAAAAGAUUCUUCUGUCAGUUUUUAUUGUCACGUGCUAUCACUGUCGAAGUCUGCCAUCAAUCCCUUGUUUGAUGUACGGAUGCUAUUGAUAAUCCCUCUUAUGGCAUAUUCAGGAUUGCAACAAGCAUUUGUUUGGGCUGAAUUCACCAAGUAUGUUGUAACUCCAGCACUUGGUGUGUCCGGCAUUGGCGGUGCUAUGGCGGUAUACGGGGCUUUUGAUGCCAUAUGUUCUCUCACUGCUGGUCGACUUACCUCCUCUAUCUUGUCGAUCACUCUGAUAACUUCUGCUGGAGCUUUUAUUCAGGCUAUUCUAUUUCUCUGGCUUCUACUAAAGUACAGCCUUGCCAGUGGAAUACUUCGUGUUAUGUACCCAAUUCUCAUGGCAGCCAUGUUGGGUAUUGGUGAUGGAGUAUUCAAUACUCAGAUUAAUGCGCUGCUUGGGAUGCUCUUCAAACAUGAUAUGGAAGCAGCAUUUGCGCAGCUGAAGGUCUGGCAGAGUGCAUCCAUAGCUGUUGUGUUUUUCCUGAGCCCACACAUCUCACUGCAGGCCAUGAUUGUAAUCAUGAUUAUUGUAUUAGCCGUUUCAUUGGUUGGGUUUCUUUAUUUGACUCUUGGGCUAGAAAAAGCAUUUUCCUCAACCAGUUGAUUCUUGUUAAUUUGUAAUCCAGGUCGGUUUGAAGAAACUUUGAUUCUCGUUAUGCAAGUUUGACAUGCUACGGUGGCAAUUGCUGCUUGUUAAA